CGAUAUUCGUAUGCAGGAGGUGAUGCAGGAGAUUGCGCGACAGCGUAGGCCGCUCCUGGGUGUGCGUUAGAGAACAAAGGUUGGGUGGGCAAUGGGUUCGUUGGUGAUGGGCGCUCCUCCUCCCCCUUUACCACUAGCCAGGCUUAGCGUCGAGAUGCGCAAGACUUCACCUUGGAACCUCUCACAUUCCAACAACGGCCGUAUCUGCCACCAGCCCCCAUCUGCACGCGCAGACGGCUGUCGGUUGCUCGCCCAUCUCAUCCUUUUCACUUCUUCAUUCAUCUCCGCUCCCCUGGCCCCCCUUGUAGGCCUUUGACACGUCUUCACCGCGUGUGCGCGUUGUCCACUUCCCCGUCCACUGGCCUGCAGCGCUGUCGAGUCCCGCAACCGCGCAGCCCUCUUACCCUCAUCGCUCAACCGCACAC